ACCGAGUUAGCGCCUCUGUCUAUCGGUUACCACGGCAACAAGCCAUCUCACGAUGCGUUUGACGUCACCGAAAACAUACAUUAAUAAGCGAGUGAUAAAAAGUUUGAAAACUUUAUUCAGUUUAUGUCACAUAAUCUUGCUUUGAUUUACAAAAGCCCUUUUAACAAAAUAAAGAUAAAAACACGAUAAAAAUAAAUGAUUAAUUCUAAUACAGUAUUGUUGAAUUAAGAAAAAAAUCUUGUACACACCACUUAAAAGGAAAUCUAUUUUGCAAUGUAUUUAUUCUGAAUAGUGUGUUCUUAUCAUGAGUGUGAACUGUGAUACAGCUGAAUCAUUAUCUCAUGGUUUUGACUUUGUAUAUCACAACUUUGACUUAGUUGUUAUCAAAUAAGUUUUACUCAGGACUAUUUUGACUCUGAAUUUUGUAUCUCACCAUUUUCUAAAAAUACAAAAUAAUUUUAACUUGUGAUUAGAAUUUGGUCUUCUCAUUUAGCAACUUUGAUUUUGUUUUAAAUAAUUGACUUUUACUUUUUUUGUGGGAGAAAUCUGUCUUUUUAUACAAAUGACAUGCAUUGAAAUGUAUCCAGUCAUUAAACUGUUGAUUUACACAACACAAUCCUAUAAUUUUCAUAGUUCACAUGUUUUGUGAAUGCAGUGUUUAUGACAUAUGUCAAACAGUCCGCAGUUGUUGCAGAUGACCAGCAGGUGGUGCUAAUUUAACAUAAAUGCGUCGUAUGCGCAGUUUGUGUGCAGCAGUGAAGCCCGUGAACACAACGCAGCAACACUGAGGAAAUACACCCUAAAACGCCCCGCUGAGAGGAGGCAGCAGAUCAGCAGAGGAGACGGCCAGCAGCUCACACCAGCGACCAUGAUGGACUGAUAAACAUCAGGGACUGGGGCGAUGUUCAGAUUUGUUUGCCAUGGAAACUGAUAUGAUACCAAAAUUCUCCUCAAAAGAUGAGGAAAUUGACUUCUGGAAGACGCUCUCCCUCAAGUACAAGAACGGCUGCCAGGAGGCCCAGGAGGAGCUGCUGGAGUUUCAGGAGGGCAGCAGGGAGCUUGAGGCUGAGCUGGAAGCACAGCUGGGCCAAGCAGAGCAUCGUAUGAAGGACCUGCAGUCUGAGAACCAGAGACUCAAGAAUGAGGUUGAGUCUCUCAAGGACAAGCUGGAGCAGCAGUACUCUCAGAGCUACAAGCAGAUUUCCAUGCUGGAGGACGACCUCGGCCAAACACGCAGCAUCAAGGAUCAGCUCCACAAAUACGUCAGAGAGCUCGAACAGUCCAAUGACGACUUGGAGAGAGCCAAAAGAGCUACCAUCGUGUCUCUGGAGAACUUCGAGCAGCGUCUGAACCAGGCCAUCGAGAGGAACGCCUUCCUGGAGAGCGAGCUGGAUGAGAAGGAGUCUCUUCUGUGCUCCGUUCAGAGAUUAAAGGAUGAAGCCAGAGACCUGCGGCAGGAGCUGGCCGUCCGAGAGAGGCAGUCAGAUGUAAGCAGGAUGUCUGCUCCAAGCUCGCCCACACAGGACAACGUAAAGAUGGACACUGCUGUACAGGCCUCCCUCUCUCUCCCCGCUACCCCACUGAGCAAAGGUCUGGACAACGCCUUUGCCAACUCAACAGCUCUGUCAAAUGGAUAUGGCAGCAACUCUCCACUGACUCCCUCUGCCAGGAUAUCGGCCCUCAACAUCGUCAGUGAUUUACUCCGGAAAGUUGGGGCUCUGGAGUCCAAGCUCGCCGCUUGCAGGAACUUUGCCAAGGACCAGAGAGCGAGGAAGGCGUACGCUCUCGACAACAGCAACGCGCUCAACGCAAACACAGCCAACUACUCGCAGUCGCUCCACACGUCAUAUUUUGAUAAAGCCAGGCCGGUGAACGGACUGAAACCUGGUGCCCUGACCGCCAUCACCGUCGCUCCUGCCGCCUCCUCCCAAGGCCUGGUGCCGCUCACCGUGUGACAAUAAUCCUCCUAAACUUUUGGAAAAAUCACAUCUAAAACGAGCCCUGACGAAGCGGGAGCACAAAAGGCUAAUACUGUAAAACUGUUGAUGUACUGAUACUCCGGCCUCGUCCUCGUCUUCUCACUCUCUCCGUCGUCCUGACUCGACACUUGUGCUUCGUUCCUGCUGUAGUUAUGGGUCUCCGUCUGUCUCUCUGUAUAGUUCAUGUGUUACUGUAUCUGAUGUUUGCUCACAUUUUAAAGACACAUUUAAAGAUUCCUCAAGGGUCUUCCCUGGGUUGUUAAAUCUGUGCACUACAUCCUCUAAAAAGGGAAAUGUUAUGCAAUUUUUAGUUGGAAAUCACAACUACAUUUACUGGCAAUAACUCCAAUUAAAGCGACAGUUGAGUGCGCUCACACCCACUGCUGAAAGUGGAAAUUAACAGGUUUAAUGGGUUGGCACAUGUGCAGAUGUCCCAGAUAAUUGUGUACCACAUGUCUCCAUCAAUUAUUGACGUUUCACAAUGUUUUAAACAUCAACUCUGUCGAGGAGUCAGCUGAUUUUGGCUUUUAACUGUUACCUUGUGAGCCCUGUGUUGGAUUUCUGUUUGUUUUUUUUAAAAAAAGGGGAUUCUUUGUGUCAUUGUAGUGAGUCAAACACACCAUCUACCCUCUGAACUAUGUGACAUGAUGUGUACAGUAUUGGUCAUAUUGAUCGUUAUUUAUAGACAGCUGUUUAAGAGGCGCUGUCAUCGUGCUCAGAUCAGUUAACCUGCAUUCAUAUAUUCUUCAAAGUGUUUGAUCCACUUUUUUAAUUUUUUUGAUUUGACACAUUUUCUGUGCUGUACACGAUAAGAGAGUGAAGCACUUUGACCUCGUGGGAACUUUCUUCAUUUUCAUUCAAGUGCAAUAUUGCCUGUUUGUUAAAAGUUUGUGGGUUUAAUUUAUUUUCCAGAUUUGUUUUACGGCAUGUUUUAAUAAAAGAUGUAAUGAUA